GCCCUCGCCCGGCGAGAGGCCCAGCGAGAGCCAGUGCAAAACAAAAUGCCCCGUUUGGCCGUGCGUCCAUCUUUUCCAGCUUGCCCCCCCAGGAGAAGCACAUCCCACAUCCAUCCCGAAGCAUCCCAGCAAAGCCCGUGCAGAAAUGGCAAACCGAAAGCUGCAGACCGAGAUCGACAAGACCCUGAAAAAGGUCACCGAAGGCGUCCAGAUUUUCGAGGAGAUUUACGGCAAGAUCCAGUCGACAUCAAAUUCCGCGCAGAAGGAGAAGCUCGAGGGCGACCUGAAAAAGGAAAUCAAAAAGCUCCAGCGUCUGCGAGACGAGAUCAAAAAGUGGAUCUCCUCGCCUGAAAUCAAGGACAAGUCCGAGUUGCUGUCCUUUAGGAAGCUCAUCGAGCAGCAAAUGGAGAAAUUCAAGGCCUGUGAAAAGGAGCUCAAGACGAAAGCCUUCUCGAAAGAAGGCCUCAGCGCCGCAACAAAAAUCGACCCGCAGGAGCAGGAGAAGCAAGACUUUUGCUCGUUCCUGGCGGAUGAGGUCGACAGCCUCAACACCCAGAUCGACAGCCUGGAGGCCGAGAUGGAGGUCCUGCAGAACAACGUCAAGAAGGGACGGAAGAUGGACUCGGCGAAGCAGGAACAGCUGCAGAAAUUCGAGCGGCGUGUCGCCCGGCACAAGUUCCACAUCGGAAAGCUCGAGAUCAUCAACCGCAUGCUUGGCAACGGAGGACUCACACUAGAGCAGCUGAAAGACCUGGAUCUCAAGUCCGAGAUCGAGGCGUACGUCAACGACAACGCGGAGGACACCUUUGUCGAGAACGAGUUCAUGUACGAGGAUCUGGUGCUGGAAGACCCCGAGCUGGGCAUCGGCAUUGACGAUGACUCCAACACAGAAGCAUCAGUCGAAGAUGCCCCGGUGAAGGAGAAGGAGGCACCAACAUCGCCCGUCAAGCCUGCGCCAAAAGUGCGGCCGAUUCCGGAGCGUCAUCAUAGCAAGGAUGACAAGAGCUCAACAGCCAAGUCGUCAAGUGGCCUGGGGAACCUGUCCCAGAAAACCACGCCUGUGCCCAUCCGGGCAAACUCGGUGCCGAUUCCACCGAAACUGACGGAUGCGCCGACACCAGUCCCGGCUCCCGCGCCGAUACGAUACGCUGCGGCCGCAGCGACUGCCCUGUCCGAAGAAAAGAAAUCCAAAGUACGGCCGACAAUCGACGUCAACGUGGCCUCGCUACCGCCAACUUCGACCUCGACCAACCUGCGGACAGCACCACCGGCCGUGACAACGACCGCACAGAGCCCGGCGUCACGAGCGCAAACGCCGCUGCCCAAAUCAGCGCAACCUCCGGCAGUCACACCCACACCCACCUCAGCGACACCCGUUUCGGUGCCCACGCCGACGCCGUCUGCCUCCGCUGCACCAACGCCGGCUCCCGCACCAUCAUUGGCGACAACUCCUGCAGUUGCGCCUUCCCCAGCGCCUGUUCCCACAGCAUCUCCCGCGGAGCCUCCGCGAGAGGAAGCGCCGCCAGCCCCGGAGCCGAUCGACAAUCGCCUGCCACCUUCCUUGGCAGACCUGGUGUCGUCAUUCAAGGCCACGCGCGAGCGAUCGCUCCAACUCCGCGAGAACAACAGUUUUGUGCAGCACAUGCUCGAGACAAGUUUCCAGUUUGUGCCGGAUGCGCUGGACUCGGACAGGCCAAAAUACUACGUGCCAAAAACGCCAUAUCCUGUGCCCGCAUACUAUCCGCAAGUGCCACUAGGGGUCUUCGAGAACCCAUCCAUGUUCGAAAAGCUCGACAUCGACACGCUCUUCUUCAUCUUUUACUACCAGCAAGGCACCUACCAGCAAUACCUCGCGGCCCGGGAGCUCAAGAAGCAGUCAUGGCGGUUCCACAAAAAGUAUCUGACAUGGUUCCAGCGCCACGAGGAGCCCAAGACCAUCACCAGCGAGUUCGAGCUGGGAACGUACGUGUACUUUGACUACGAGGGAGCCUGGUGCCAGCGCAAGAAGGCCGAGUUUAGGUUCGAGUACAAGUAUCUGGAGGACUCGGAGGUGAGCAUGGCGGCUUAGCGAAGCGUGCUGGCGGGCAAUGAACCAUGCCUGUACAGCGAAGCACUGCUGGGCAGCCACAAUCGACGCAGUGCCUUCUGGCUACUGCCUUUCGGGAGGCUUCACCCCGGCAGCCGCUGUGGCCGAACACGAACGUGCACGUUUUGCACCGAGCGACAGGCUUCCUACUUGCUGACCCCUCUCUCUUGGUGGUUUCUGUUUCCUGGUGGUCACUUUUAUCCGCAUGUGUGUAUGUGUGUGCUCGUUCCUGCGCUCGCAUCGCAGCUGUGAGUGUCGAUGGAAUAAAGUUGCUGAGGAGACGCAGUUGACCUCGUUGAGUACCGAAUAGGAUCAAUCCCGGCCUGCACACGA